GAAAGUUGAAUUCAUAGUAGCAGAAAACCCCUCUCUCUCUCUCUCUCUCUCUCUCUCUCUCUCUGUCAAUGGAAGUCCAAAGAAGCCGAACCAAUUAACCGGAGUCCCUCACUGGACCGUCCCAUCAGCUUCCAUGGACCCACCCAACCCGAACCCGAACCCGAACCCGGCAUCUAUGCGGGUCCUAAUCCGCCCACCCCCUUCUUCCUAUUCUUCACCUCCUUCCCAAACCAUUCCGAUUCCCUCCUCCUCCUCAGACCCUCCCUCCACCGACGGCGUCGUCGUGGUGGGCUUCAUUGGGCCGCCGAGCACCGACCACUCGGCCCAGCUCAUCAAUCGGAUCCUCGACUCCAACGUGUUCGGGUCGGGCAACCGGGACAAAACCCUCGGCGUCGAGAACCAGGAGGAGCUCCGGGACUGGUUGAAGUGGCGGAGAGUCAGUUACUACCAUGAGGAGCAGAAGGGGAUUCUGUUCUUGCAGUUUUGCUCCACGCUCUGCUCCGCCGUGGACGAUAACGGGUUAUCGGACUCCGGGUCGGGUUUCGACUCUGUGUUCGAAGAGCACGACUUUGGAGACCUUCAGGGGAUGCUUUUCAUGUUCUCUGUUUGCCAUGUAAUUAUAUAUAUUCUGGAGGGUUCACGGUUUGAUACUCAACUCCUGAAAAAGUUUCGAGUGUUACAAGCUGCCAAGCAUGCCUUGGCUCCAUUAGUCAGACCCCGAAAUAUGCAGCCAACACCAUCCAAGCCCUAUUCGUCAUCCUCACGGCCUACCACAUCUGCAACCUCUUCGAAAAAUUCUUCUCCAGGUAGAGGUGGUGGCAUGUUGACUCGCAAUGCUUCUGCCAUUUCGCUAAUGUCAGGUUUAGGUUCCUACACUUCUUUGUUUCCUGGACAGUGUACCCCAGUCACACUGUUUGUUUUCAUUGAUGAUUUCUCUGAUGUGCCAAAUCCUAGCUCUAGUGUGGAGGACUCGGCAGAUACAUCCUCACUAAAUCAGCCUUCUAGUUUGGGCACUUCAGCAAGGCCAAGUUUGCCUGUUAAAGGUUCUGGUUCAGUGGUUGUGCUAGCACGCCCUGUGAGUAAAUCUGAGGGUAGUUUUAGGAAGAAGCUGCAGUCAUCCCUAGAAGCACAAAUUCGUUUCUUAAUUAAGAAGUGUAGAACACUCUCAGGUUCUGAAACUAGUCAUGCUGGGUCUAGAAAUGGUGGUGCUUCAAAUUCUGCACCUCUGUUUUCACUUGAUGCAUCAAGGGCGGUUCUGUUGUUAGAUAGGUAUACAAAUCAGAGAGGUGAGUCGCUUGAGUUUGCUACUGGCCUUGUUGAAGAUGUUUUGAAUGGGAAGGCAACCUCAGAUUCUCUUUUGCUUGAAAGUCAUGGUCAGAAUGCAAGUAAAGAGGAUAUAAUAUCAGUGAAGGAGUUCAUUUACAGGCAAUCAGAUAUUCUAAGAGGGAGGGGGGGAGUUGUAACCAAUUCCAAUAGUGGUUCAGCUGCUGGUGUAGGUAUGGCUGCUGUUGCUGCAGCCGUCGCUGCUGCGUCAGCUGCAUCAGCUGCUGCAUCAACUACGUCUGGAAAGACAUUUAAUGCUCCAGAACUUCCAACUCUCCAAAUUUGGUUAUCUUCCAGUCAACAAAUUCUUCAUGGGGUUCUUUCAGCAAAAGGUGGCUGCAUAGAUGAAACUGAAAUUAGUAAAAGAAAACCUCGGACGAGGAACACUAUUCCACAGCCAGUUGAAGGAGUUUCUUCGAAAGGUAUGGAUCCCCUAGAUUUAGCAGUAUCUUGGUUGGAAAGUGGUAAUAAAAUGAACUCCAGAUUUUCGACUUUGUGGUGUGAAAGGACCCUUCCAGCUGCCAAAGAGGUUUAUCUGAAAGACUUGCCUGCUUGUUACCCAACUUCACAACAUGAAGCGCAUCUGGAGAAGGCUUUGCAUGCUUUCCACUCAAUGGUAAAAGGACAUGCAGUGCAGCAUUUUGCCAAAAAGUUGGAGGACGAGUGCACCUCCAUCUGGAAAUCUGGAAGGCAACUGUGUGAUGCUGUUAGUUUGACUGGAAAACCAUGUAUGCACCAGAGACAUAAUGUUGAUACUAAUGAGUCACUCUUAGGAGCUACUGUGAAGCAACAUUCCAGUGGAUAUGUUUUCCUUCAUGCCUGUUCUUGUGGCCGUUCACGGAGAUUACGAUCUGAUCCUUUUGACUUUGAAUCAGCAAACAUUACUUUUAGUUGCUUUCCGGACUGUGACAAGCUCCUCCCUACACUUCAAUUACCUGAAGUAAGUAGUUCAGGGCCUAUUCAAUCUUCCUCAUGGAGUUUGAUUCGCAUUGGGGGUGCAAGGUACUAUGACCCUUAUAAAGGCUUGCUUCAAAGCGGGUUCUGUUCAACUCAGAAGUUUCUUAUGAAAUGGACAAUAUCUAUGGAGAUACAGAAUAGGGCAAUCAAUUUCACUGCCAAAGCAGUGGAUCAAGGUUCUGCCGUUAAGUCAGGUACAAACUUUAAGCUUGAAUCUAAAGCUGAUGUGCAGUUGCACUCGAAGGAGUUACAAUCCAGAGUUGAAAGCCAUAGAAAACCUGCAGAGGACAUAGUGUCUGAUGAUAAUAAAAUCAGUUUUGGUAAAGGUCUACCCAACUUUACCAUGAGAAAACCUUUUUCUGAGGUUGUUGCUGGAACAGCAGCUGCAGAUUCAGGAUUUCCUCCUAUCCAGCUGAGGAAAAAAUCUGCAUCCAGUUUAGAUAAGAGUUUCAAGCAAAUUAGGUCAAGGGAUCAGAGUACAGAGCAGAAUAGUGAUAAAGGAACUCAAAAAUCUAGAGGUGAUUUACCUGUUCAAGAAACAGUGAGUGGGAUCAGUAGCACAGAUGUUGAUCCUUAUCUACGAAUAGGUAGUAAUGUGGUCCCUAUGAACCUGAAUGGCGUUGAAAGGUCCAAACCGGACCCUUCUUUUAAGCAUGUAACAGUGUAUGUUGGGUUUGAGCAUGAGUGCCCGCAUGGCCAUCGUUUUCUAUUAAAUCCAGAGAAUCUUAAUGAGCUUGGGUCCUCAUAUCAGUUGCCUGAAGAAUCUCAAGUGAAAUCAGACCAUAUUCAGGCAGAUUCUUCAAAACUAAGUAGGAAUGGUUUCCAUGGUAAAGCCCAUCGAAAUUCAAAUAGGAUCACUGCUACCGGCACAAAUAGGGAGAGAAAUGUAAAUAAGUCAAAAGAUAUACUAACUAAUGGUGUCCUGAAUUCAGAUGGGAUGAUACAGUUCUCAGGACCAGGAAAGGAGCAGAAUCAUACUAUUAGUGUAUCAACAGUUGCUAAUUUUUCCAAACACGAUGAAGGGAGCUUUCAGUCCAUUAAUAUUGAUGAUGGUGGAUGUGCUUUCUCCAUGUUGAAUAGAAAUUUACCAAUCUAUAUGAAUUGCCCACACUGCAGGCUCUCUAAGAAUAAGCAGGAUCCUCCGAAUACUAAGUUUUCGGGGACAGUAUCACAGCUUCAACGGAUUUUUAUGGUUACACCUCCAUUUCCAGUCAUAUUAGCUACUUGCCCAGUGAUACAAUUUGAGGCAUCAUGUCUACCUCCAUCAAUCCCAGAACGUGAGCAGAAGUUGCGGUUCAGCCUCGGAUGCCAAGUGGUAUUACCUCCAGAGAGUUUCCUUACUCUUAGACUCCCAUUUGUGUAUGGUGUAGAACUGGAGGAUGGAAGUUUACGUUCUCUAAACUGUUUUGAACAUCAACCAGAGGUUACUGCCUGGAUUACCAAAGGAACAGCAUUACAGGUCAUAUCCAAAAGAAAUAGUACUGGUCAAGAUUAAUAUCUCACAUAAGUUAUUGAUUCUUUGGAGUUUGGCAAGUACAUCCGUGCCUGAGUUGGCAAAGGCUGAAUGGAUUGGUUGGCUCAGUCGAAGAUGAUGCUCAGAAGGUAGAAUUUGAAAGUGGUGAUUGAAGAUAUGAAUGCAGGCUAUGGAUUUUUUUUAUGGAUAUUAAGGAUGGUGCAUAUGAUGAUUGGUAAAUUCCAACCUCAAAGCACAUACGUGAAGGGUCCUCUGCAGCCAGCAGGUUUGGAUUGAACAUCUAGGUUGCUGCUGGUUGACAGAAGCUUUCAAAUGCCAUGUUCACUCUUCAUUUAGAGUUGCAGAAGAAGCCAUGGAUGCUCGGGUGUCCUGGAUUCUUGCUGACCCACAAUCUUCACUGCAGUGAGGUUGUCAUACUGAAAUGUGCUAAAAUUGGCAACUCGUAGAGGUCUAGCAACCCGUGUUUAUUUGAAACGAGCUUGCAUAGUUGCAGUAUAUGAUGGCUGCCAUGGAUGGAUGUCUCAAUUUGGAAGAUCAUACACCUCUAUGUAUAUGCCAAAAAGAAUGCCUAUAGUAUGCCAAUUAUGUCUUGUUCACUAAUUCUUGCUUCAGUACUAGAACUAAUGUUGACAGGAAAUAGAUAUUAUAUCCACUUGGUCUCUAUAUAUCUGUUGUUUUUGUACCCGUUUCAA